AUGAAUAGAAUUUUAGCAUUAUUCAAAAAAGAUAAUGGAGGAGAAAUUACUUAUCCAUUAGAAUUAGAAAAAUCUUAUAGAAUAUUAAAAAAAGUUUUAGGAGUAGGUACUUUUGCUGUUGUAAAAGAAUGUGUUGAUAAAAGAACCGGGCAAUCCUAUGCUUUAAAGAUUCUUGCCAAGAAGGCAAUAAAAGGAAAAGAGAAUAUGUUAACCACAGAAUUGGAUGUAUUAAAACAAGUCAAUCAUCCAAAUAUUGUGCAAUUACACGAUCUUUAUGAAUCAAAGGAAGGUGUAUAUAUUAUAACGGAUUUAGCCAGCGGCGGAGAAUUGUUUAAUCAAUUAUUACUAAAAGGUUCUUAUACGGAACAAGACGCCGCGAAUUUGGUAAAACAAAUAUUAGAAGGCGUUGCCUACUUACAUGAUCAUGAAAUAGUGCAUAGAGAUUUAAAACCCGAAAACCUUUUGUUUAAGGAUAAAUCGGAUGACUCAAAGUUGAUGAUUACAGAUUUCGGUUUAUCAAAAAUUUUGAAAACCGAUAAUGAUGUAUUAAUGACCGCAUGUGGAACACCAGGUUACGUGGCUCCUGAAGUAUUAUUACAAACGGGGCAUGGUAAACCCGUUGAUAUCUGGAGUAUAGGUGUUAUAACGUACACGUUAUUAUGCGGAUAUACACCAUUUUGGGGUGAUGAUCAAGCCACAUUAUUUGAAAAUAUUAUGUCCGGUGUGUAUGAUUAUGACGAAGAUUAUUGGUCAGAAAUAUCAAUGAAAGCCACGGAUUUUAUUGAUAGGAUGUUGACGUUUGAUCCAUCAAAACGCGUGACAGCACAUGAAGCGUUAAAUGAUGAAUGGUUCAAGUCUGCUGCCGACGUUGAUAUUUUAGAAAACGUAAGGAGAAAUUUUUCUGCAAAAGAAACGUUUAGAAAGGCUAUUAAUCUUGUACAAGGUGUUAACCGCAUGACUCGCAUGCGUAAACAUCUCAAACACGGUGAUGAAAAUAAUGUUGAAACGGGUGAUCGACAACUUUUGAAGGAAACUGAGCCUGAAAAGGAAAAGUGA